AAGACAUGAAUCAAAUUGUAAUGAAUUCCAACUUGGGAUAUUUUUGAAUCCUAAUACACUAAUAAAAUAUUUAACGAAGAACCAAUUUAAAAAAUAGCUACUAAUUCAAAGUUAAACUGUUGAAAAAGCCAGGCAAACAAGAGUCUAAAUCAAGUAACCGUUGACGUUUCAAACAGAAAAUAUUUUCCACAGUGAUCGAAGUAAACACUUUUACUCGGUCCUGACCCAGGAUCUUUAAUCCCAAUCAUGGAUACCCAGAGGCAUAACGAAAUGGUGCGCAUUGCGCGCCAGGUUAAGAGGAAUCUACCGCACCGAAGCUUUCGCGAGAUCUGCUUCGAUCGCGACAUUAUCCGGGAGAGCAUUCCUCCGCUGACCAGCGACCAAGCCCUUCGGAUCAAGGGUCCCGUGUACAAGGCCCUGGAGGAUGAGGUGCGCCGGGCGGGAUGCACAUUGCUGCCGGAGUUUCUCGUUUGCCUGGCCACCAAGGAGCAGGCACUCUUCGAAAGCCUUAACAUCCGAGAGCGGAUCUCCGACGAUACUGAGGUGCUCUGUAAAAUGGUGGAUCGACUCAAGGAAGCGGAGCUGGCCUAUAAGGUGAACAAGCAUCGAGGUCUCAAGAAGCCCUUCGCUUUGUUUUACGAGACGAUGGACCUGAUGAAGCCCUACCGCCAGAAGUAUGCCUACGCUUUGGGAUCUCUCUACGAGCACAUCAUCGCGCUGUGCCACAAGGUCGAGGGCCAGGAACGGGCUCGGGAGGCCGCGGAGUCCAUCUCGCGCAUCUACUACUUGUACGCCAUCUAUCUCAUGAAAACUAACCAGCGGGCUGGGACCCUUAAGUACCUGCAGUUCGCCAUGAAUAUAGUGCGAGGUCAUGUCUGGACCGCUCAGAUAGGUAUGCCUGCCGGUAGCCUCACGCUCCACGAACUGGUGGCCCAGGAUCUCGCCCGCCAGCUGCUCAUCCACGGCGAAACCAUCGUGCGCCAGGAGCCGGAGGAGGCCAUUGCCUUGGCACGACAGGCUACGGUUCUCGUAGCGGAAAUUGGCAGGGAAAAAAACCUGGAAAUCUUUUGUGAUACCUUCCUUCAGAGCGCUUUCUUCCUGAUGGAGGCCGGCGACUACGAUUCGGCCCAGCAGUGCCUAGAUCAGAUCCGAACACAAAUACUGGCCCUCAAGGAGUACUGCUUCGUGAAACUGAACAUAAAGUACUAUCUAUAUCAAGGCGAGUGCUCACAGAUUUUUGAUCAGACGGAAAAAGCCAUUUCCUGCUACAAGCGUGCCCUUCGCUUGGCCCGCAUUUAUUCACAUCGGGACCUCGAGGCAAAAAUCCUUUUGCAUCUGGGCAAAAUCUUUGCCAAGAACCCACAGAUGACGAGCAUUGCAAAGAAGUGCUACGAGCACGCCAAACGCAUCUACGUGGACUUCAACGACCAGCACAGCCGCAAGAUGGCUAACUAUCUGCAGGCCAAGCUAAUGGCCGACGAGAUCACUCCGCUCUAUAUGGCCAUGCUGAAGGCCUCCUCCAGCCGUUAUUGCGCCUUCUUCAACCUGCGACAGUGGAAGAACCGCUGUCGUCCCUUCUGGAAGCGUCUGGGCAGUGAGAUCAUCAAGCAGGAGACAGACAGCAUCUACUGCCUGCUGGACGAGGAGAAGGAAGAUCCUGGCCACGACGACGCUCCUUACCCCCACAUCGAUCUCAAGACAUUCAAGCUGGAGGAGACAGAUAUAUGAUUUGGUUCUUCUGCGUUCUCAGUUGUGAAAAUUUGACUUGUUACUCAAAAUCGUUAAUUAAAUGUAUUUAGAAAUCUGCAA